AUGAAUCACAUGCGCGAGGGCGGCAACGCUGGCAUGUCCUCAACAGCCUCAGCUGCGCUUGGUCGAAUCAGUUGUGCAAAAAGUGCUGUGCAAGUACGUUGUCGCGCAUGUCAGGAAGUCCUUUCAUGUCCAUCAGCAUUACGUCAGCAUUGUGAGAGUCGCGCACACGCCGCACGAAUUGCACAACUUGCAUCGAAAGCUGAGAAUGUGCCAAGCGAUAAUUGUCCUUCUAAUACCACUAUGCCAGUACCGCUGAGUCCUGAAACUGUUCUCGAAUGCCGGCGUUGCUCGUUCGAGACUACUAAUUCAAACAACGCAAUUGGUUAA